UACUUAUAAUUUUAUUAACCACGUUUAGACGAAAAAAAUAAAAUCGUCUAAUUUGACGUUACCAGGAAGUACAGAAUUGUCACAUGAUUAAAGAAAGAUGGCCGCCGUGCAGUGGCGUUCUCGUGAUCGUGACUAUGAUGCAGAGCUGCAGAGAUGUCGCUCAGAGGUGACGACGGUGGAGUUUGGAGACUAUCAUCCCCUCAAGCCUAUAAUGGUGACAGACACCAAGACUCGCCGAGGUACUCGUAAAGGCAGCACCUCCUCCUCGUCCUCCUCCUCUUCUUCGGUGCCUGCUGAUCCUCUGAGCUCCAUGCUGGAUGGCACAGACCCUUUGUCCAUGUUUGCCGCAGCCUCAGCCAGUGAGGCUUCGAUAAUGUCACGCAGUGCAUCAGCAGGGGAUCUUGGGAGGAAAAAGAGGGAGAAUGAGGAAGUUUCGGUGGGAGCAGACUUUGAGCCGUGGUCAUCGAAGCGAGGAGAGAUCCUGACCAGAUUCACCACAACUGAAAAACUCUCUAUAAAUCUUUUCAUGGGCUCUGAAAAAGCACCCAGUCCAGGAUCUUCUGCUGUGUCUGAGAAAGUCCGAACUCGCCUGGAGGAACUGGAUGAUCUGGAGGAGGGUUCCCAAGCCUGGGGCUCAGACCAGAAGGUCAAGGCUCUGAAGAUUGUCAUUCAGUGUUCUAAGCUCCUGUCUGACACCUCAGUGAUCCAGUUCUAUCCCAGCAAGUUUGUUCUCAUCACUGACAUCCUGGACACCUUUGGUGGCCUGGUGUAUGACAGAAUUUGGACCAUGUGUUCAGAUCCCAGACCUUUGCCAGAGUCGUUCACGGUGGAUGAUGUAAGCGACACGGCCAAAGAAACCUGUCUUAACUGGUUCUUUAAGAUCGCCUCCAUCAGAGAGUUGCUGCCUCGACUAUAUGUGGAGACAGCAAUUCUCAAGUGCAACCGUUUCCUCAACAAAACAGGCAUUCAGGAGACCCUCCCUCGAUUGACAGCUAUGAUUAGAGGGAUUGGAGACCCUUUGGUGGCUGCGUACACCAGAGCCUACCUCUGCAGGGUGGGCAUUGAAGUGGCUCCGCACCUGAAAGACAGCCUGGACAGGAACUUCUUCGACCUGCUGUCAACCUUUCGUCAGAUCAGCGGGGAGAGCGUUCGGAGUCAGCUGGUGGUCCAGAGGGUGGAGAUACCCGAGUACCUGACGCUGUACUCACCUGCCAUCAGCUGGAUUCUGCAGUGCAUCGCCCACCGAGCCCCAGAGCAUCUGCUGACAGAAAUGAUGGAGAGAUGCAAGAAGCUGGGAAACAAUGCUUUACUGCUGAAUUCAGUUAUGAGGGCAUUCAGGCCUGAGUUCGUCGCAGCCAGAGCCACUGACUUUAUCGGGAUGAUUAAAGACUGUGAUGAAACUGGCUUCCCUAAGCAUCUGUUGUUCGGGUCUCUGGGUCGUAGUCUGGCCUGUGCCGACCCUCCAGAAUCUGAAAGGCUGACUAUCCUGAACGAGGCCUGGAAGGUCAUCACCAAGGUCCGCAGUCCACAGGAUUAUAUAAUCUGUGCUGAAAUCUGGGUGGAGUUCACCUGCCGUCACUUUACAAAACGUGAGGUCAACACCGUGUUGGCUGACAUCAUCAAACACAUGACCCCGGACCGAGCGUUUGAAGACGCUUAUUCUCAGCUCCAGUCAGUGAUCAGAAAGAUCCUCACCUACUUCCAUGACUUCUCCAUCCUUUUCUCCAUGGAGCGUUUCCUGCCAUUUCUAGACAUGUUCCAGAAGGACAGUGUGAGGGUGGAGGUCUGCAGGUCCAUCAUGGAGGUCUUCAUCAAACACCAGGUGGACCUGACCAGAGACCCAGUCAUACUCAACGCCAUGCUGCACAUCUGUAAGGCCAUGCACGACUCUGUGAACGCCCUCACUCUGGAGGAUGAGAAACGAUCACUAUCUCUGCUAAUAAUCGGCUUUAUCCGCAUGGUGUCCUUUGGUCGGGACUUUGAGCAGCAGUUGAGUUUCUGCGUGGAGGCCAGAGCCACCUUCUGUAACCUGGAGCCAGUUCUGGUUCAACUCAUUCACACGGUGAACCGUCUGGCCAUGGAGACCAGGAGGGUGAUGAAGGGCAAUCACUCACGGAAGACAGCGGCUUUUGUGAGGGCCUGUGCAGCCUACAGCUUCAUCACCAUCCCGUCCCUCAGCAGCAUCUUCAGUCGUCUCAACCUCUACCUGCUCUCUGGUCAGGUGGCACUGGCCAAUCAGUGUCUCUCUCAAGCUGAUGCCUUCUUGAAGGCAGCCGUCAGUGUUCUCCCUGAGGUUCCUCGCUCCAUCAGCAUUGAAGGCAAACUACGCUCCUCUGAGAAUUUCCUGCUGGACUUUGUCAACAACUUCCUGGCCACUCUUCUAGUCAUCCCUGAUCAUCCAGAGCAUGGCGUGCUCUACCUGGUCCGUGGUCUGCUCAACAUGGUCCAGGAUUACACCUGGGAGGAAAACAGUGAUGCUAAAAUGCGGGUCUACGUCAGUGCACUGCCCCUGCUGGCAGCCAUGAGCCAGGAGACCUACAUUUACUCUGUCCCCAAAGUGGACUCCAACGAGACUCUGUACGGAGGAGACCCAAAGUUUCUGUCAGAAAUCAACAAGCUGAGCGAGACUCUGAUUGGACAGGUCCUAGAUCACCUAAAGACACUGGGUCGUGAAGAGCAGUACGUGCGCCGUCAGAGCACCAUGGCCUUCUCUCUGUUCAGCGUUCUCCUGGCUCACGGCGACCUGAGGAACAACAAGCUGAGUCAGCUGGCCGUCAACCUGUGGAACCUCAGCCACAAACAUGGACACUGUGAAACACGGAUCUCUGUUCGAACUCUGGAGCACAUCAAGCACCAGGCUCAGCAGCCAGACCUGACCCACCUGACAGACACGGUCCAGAGACUGAUGCUGCAGUCCAGAACCUGAGCUCACAAACUUGUUCUUAACACAUGGGCUUUGUGCCAACAGAAGAAUCGGACCAGAGAAAACAUUGCAGGAGACAGUCCUUUGGUAUGAUACAGAUCGACACUGUCGCUGUGCCCCCAUUCAUACUUAGUCUAUGUUGGGCCCACUUGUUGGCCAGAAGUUGACAAACUCCAUAGCGCUGCAGCGACUACACCUGAAACAUCUUGGCAGACACUUCAGCAAGUGCAGGUAGAGGCUAACAUACUUCUGAUUCAUGGUCUGGUGUUGGCUGCAGCCCAUGUGGGCUGGACAAUAUAGGCUGCACUUGUUUAUCAGAACAUGCAAUGAGUCACAGCUAAGUUACAGCAUCUAAGACUGAAGCAUAGAAAAGGUUCUAUGAAGAUCAAAUGUCAGUCAGUCUGCUUUGUCACUUUCAAAUCUUUAUGUAUUUGUAGAAAUAAACUGCACUAUAUUGAAACAC